ACUCGAAGAGAGGAAAUUCGCGCACCGUUGGAGUCACCCUUGGAUUUUUCUUGUGGAUACAAAAUUAUAACGCCGUAUAAAAGUAUAAACAAGGAAUAAACAUGGCGACGCUGGGGCAGGACUCUCGUCCCCAUUCCCAGCUCGCCCCUGGUUCGGUCCAAACUAACAUCAGCAGUUUGGGCUCCCACAACAAUAUGCCCCUGAACCGGGGUCUUGAACGCGCUUUGGAAGAAGCGGUGAACUCCGGGAUUUUAAACCUCAGCGCUAGGAAAUUAAAAGAUUUUCCAAUAACUGCUUCGAAGCACGAUUUGUCGGAUACAGUAGAUGCAGACCUGUCCAGGAACCGGCUGACGGACGUUCCCUCUGAGGUGUGUCACUUCAUUGCCCUGGAAGCCCUGAACCUCUAUCACAACUGCAUCAGAACCAUCCCUGACAGCAUCAUCAACCUCCAGUCGCUCACCUCCUUAGACCUGAGCCGGAACCAGAUCUCAGCACUGCCUGCCUGCCUGUGUGCCCUUCCACUGCGCGUCCUCAACGCCAGCAACAACAAGCUGGGAGCUCUUCCUGAAGCCAUAGGCCAGCUCAGGGACCUGAUGGAGCUGGAUGUUAGCUGUAAUGAGAUCACCGCCCUGCCCCGACACAUCAGGAGGCUCCGGGCCCUGAGGGAGCUCAGUGUGAGGAGGAACUUCCUGUGCACGCUUCCGGAAGACCUGGCGGAGCUGCCCCUGGUGAAGCUUGAUGUCUCCUGCAAUAAAGUCACCAGCGUGCCCCUCUGCUACAGGAAGAUGACCCAGCUCCAGUCCCUGCAGCUGGAGAAUAACCCCCUGCAUAGCCCACCUGCGCAGAUCUGCAUGAAGGGAAAAGUGCACAUAUUUAAGUAUCUGAACAUGGAGGCAUGUCGGAGUGACAAAAUGGCUGAUUCUCUCUACCUCCCAGUCAUUGAGGGCCUGUCCCACCCCUCCUCUGGCAGCACUGAAGACAUAGAGCAGCAUAAGAAACAGGACACAGACUCCGGGGUCGGCAGUGACAAUGGAGACAAGAGACUGUCAGCCACUGAGCCCUCGGAUGAGGACAGCCUGAGUCUGAGCAUGCCCAUGUCUCACAUCACAGAGGAGCGUGACCUGUGCAAGGACGACUCCACCGACCACAUCAGUGCUCUCACAGCGGACCCCCAGCCAAGCCCUGUGCAGGGGGGGGAGGGUGAAGGGUCUGAGGGACGGACGGAGCAGUCUGGCCUAACCUCACCAUUCGCCAGCUACAUCAAGGGUCGGGCGUCGGACUUCAGCGAGCCCCUCAGGAUAGAGGAAGACACCAGCUGGGCCUCAGAACAGACGUCAAAGGUCACAGAAGGCUCAGAGAUCCACAUUGAUAUGAUCAACCAGCUUAAGGAAGCCGUGGAGAUGUUGCAAGAUCCAGACAGGUUGAACCGUGAACCAACAGAACUGUCGGGAAUGCUGCUUUACCCGACGGAAAUGGUCACGGACUCCCUCAAUGGGCAGGACGGUAUUGAUGGGCAGACCCCAAUCAAGAGUGAGAGUUCUGAUGGAAGCCUUGAGUUCCAGCGGAAACGGGACGGUAUUCUAGAGAGGGCCAGGCUUGAAGCCCGACUUGCAUGCCAGCAGUUUGAGAAACAAGUGUCAGUCCAGGGAAAAGAGAGCAAUUCAGCCACGUCUUCGCCAUCAAACUCAGCUCCCUUUGGCCUCAAGCCCCGAUCCGCCCCUCCCUCGCCAGCCUGCUCCCCGCCCUGUCUCCGUCCCCUCACACAGGCCCUGUCCGUCGAUAGUGACCCCUCCCCCUGUAGCCCAGAUGAAGGAAGCGAGCAGAGCAGUGUGUUUCUGCGGAACUCUAAGAGCCUGGAAUCAGCGGACCCCCAGUUCACCAUGCGCCGCAAGAUGGAGCAGCUUCGUGAGGAGCUGGAGAUGAUGGGCCAGCUCAGGGAGAUCAUUGAGAGCAGACUGAAGAUGGUGCUGUCUGAGGACCUGGGGGGCUCUCUCAUGGACGGGGUGGUGCUGUGCCACCUGGUCAACCACAUCCGCCCUCGCUCCGUCCUCAGCAUCCACGUCCCCUCCCCAGCCGUGCCCAAACUGAGCAUGGCCAAGUGCCGGAGGAACGUAGAGAACUUCCUGGAAUCCUGCAGAAAGUUGGGCGUCCCUGAGGACAAGUUGUGUCUGCCCCAUCACAUUCUGGAGGAGAAAGGCUUGCUAAAAGUGUUCACCACUGUCCAAGCUCUGGUGGAUGAGACAUGCACCAGACAGGCCCUGUUCACCUGAGGGCAGACAGAGACAGAAAAAGUGUUUUUAUUCAAAUGUUUAUAGCCAAAGUGAACGAAUGCGUGCGCCACAUUUUAAAGCUGUAUUUUCUUUACACAGUAGCAUAUUGGUAACAUGUUCAAGCACUCACUGUAAUUGUUUCAGAUUUAACUUGGAUGUAGAGUAUAGUUUCUGGUUUACCAGAGGGAAAUAUCCUCAACACUGGCCUCGAGUUUAUGACCAUAAUGAAUCCUGUAUAUUGCUCAGAUCUUCCUUAAUUAUAUUUAUAUUUAUUUAUUAUGCAUUCAUCCAGCUGGAUGAAUGAUGUAACUACUGUAUACAAUGUAAGAAAACCUAUUUUUUUUCCUAGAAUACAGGUUAAUAUAUUUUGAUAGGUGUAGUGCUUUUUUCUGUGAGGUUAAAUGUUUUUAAUUAUUUUGGCCCCCCAGCUAACAGGUAACAAACUUUCAGAGAUGUUUAGACAUCCAGUACUGCAUAGCUACAGUGCUGAGGGAAUGCCAUGAAUUUGGGUGCUUCUUGACCAACUGCAGUGGUGUUAUGCUGUUCUGCUCAUGGGAGUUGGAGUGCAGUAAAGCAAGGGGUAGUUGUUAACAAGUAUUUUUAUUGUUUUGGAAUGUCUAUGUGUGUGGGACUGCAUGCCAGUGUAUUUGUGUGUGUGUGUAUGUGUGUGUGAGAGAGAGGGUGACAGAUGACAUAUUAAGGGCAGUUUGCACAUGUCAGUAUUUUAUUUGCUGAACCAACCUACUCUUACUGUCCGAGCAGCACAGCACAGAGCAGUCUGUGAGCGGCUGAAUAAAGUAGGUACAGAUAGGUGUACAGACAGAUGCACAGACAGGCGUACAGACAGGCGCACAUACAGACAGACCGCCAGUUUGACGUCCUACUCAGACACCAAUGCUGAUUUUAAUAGUUGCAGUGACUUUUUGCUUCACCAGGAUGUUAUCCAAGUGUGUCUAGAGCCUGACACUCGCAUGUGUUCGGCAUAAUUAAUUAUCAUGCAUAAAACCAUCAUCAACAUGCGAACAUUACAGACAUGUUCAGUGUCAGGUGCCAUGUGUUAAUGAAUGUAAUGUUGUUGUUUUCUUUUUCAUGCCCCAGCGUAACACUACAUUUCUGCAGUCUAGGCCACAGGGUGGUUCAUUAUUGAAACACAGAGGCUAUCCCCUGUGGUCCCAACAACACCGUUCCCACCUCUUCCAUCAAAGUACUUACCAAGCCCAGCCCUGUUUAACUUCUGCCGUAAUACAGGAUGUUCCUACAGGAUAGUAAAGCACAGCAGCUUAAUUGAAACUACCCAGCCUUUGCUCAAAGGACUUUGAGAUGGAGGAGAAGUGUACUGUACCUCAGCUAGUGUAACCUAUAUGUGGGGGAGAGGGAAUUUACUUAACUGACAGGUGCCUGUGUAUGGAUUGUAUCCAUCUUACCACACACUAAGCAGAACAACAUUCAGAUAUCACAAGACUACAGUAUGUGUGUGUGUGUGUGUGUGUGUGUGUGUGUGAGAGAGAGAGAGAGAGAGAGAGAGAGAGAGAGAGAGAGAGAGAGAGAGAGAGAGAAAGAGAAAGAGAGAGAGUGUGUGCAUGUACGUCUGUGUGCUUGUACACUUGUGGGGUAUUGGGAAGUGAGAUUUUUAUAAAUAAAGCUUGAGCCACUUUUGAGAUUCAGCAGCAGAUUUUUUUGUUUUUCAGAAAACAGAUUUGUCAGUUGGCAAAAAUAAAAACAAAAAAACAUUUAAAAAUCUUUUAUAAAUUACCUUUAUAAAAUACACUGAGUAAGGUAGUGCUCAGUCCAUUAUGGAAAUUGAGUUACCUUGUUAAUAAUAUUGUAUGUUCAAAUAAUUAUGAUUUAGGUUAAAUUGAUAGUGGUGAAAUGGUCUUGUAAUGUGAUGAAGGUUUGUGCAAGUAGUUCUAGAAAUGAAUUUUAUUUUCUUAUUUCACUAUUACUAACUUGCAUAUUAAUACAGCAUCACAAUUAUUGAUGCCUGUUUUGCAACAAUUCUGUUAUGGAUUUAUAAUCAGGUUUUAUCAAACAGUCCAAUAACAUUCGUCAAAGAGGACAAUAUUAAUGUGUUUCCAUGUCAGCUCUAACAAAACUAUAAUUGCCACUGUCACCAUCUAGUGUUCAAACAAGGUACGGUCAUUACUUAAGUGGGAGUGUCUCAUGCAGUUCAUCUCAGGGAGAGAACAACAUUUCCAUAUGAACACACCAGCCUCACAAAUUAACAGCUAAAUACUGAAUAAUGGUUUUGUAGAAUGUGCAUUGGUUAAAAGGCAGAAAGGUUCAGCAGGGGAGUAAAAAUGGCAAGGGUAAGGAAAAGUGGUCCCUGAACAGUAUGUGGAUGAAAUACAGCCUCACUCCUGCUUUUGGGAGAUAAGCAAGGUAGAAGAAAAAUAAAUUAAACGAGCUCAAUAAGGUUAUGUAUAUAAGGAUGUGUCCAAAAUUGAUUAAAGAAUACACUGUAGCAUAACUUAAGAUGUUUAUGUUUUAAAUAUUUGAAAAUGUAAACAUUUCUGUGAGGUAUAGUCAUUUACCUUAAAUGCCUUUUUCCAGCAAAAGUUCAUCUAAAUUUCAGACCCAAGUUCUCAUUGGUUCAGCUGAACCAUAUUUUACAAUGUUUUUAUCUUUGGCAACUGACAUAAAUGAUUCAAUCUCAUCUAACAAUUCACUUGUCAUUGAACAAACUACAAGAAUAAGCCGAUACAUUUGUAAAACUGCAAUUCAAGGUUCAACUGCUCAAUCUCAAAAGUGUUUUUUUAUGUUUAUAUUUGGACUGUGGGUCUUUAUAGGUGGAAUUAAUGUUAUUUCUUAAAUUAAGGGUUUUGCAUUUAUGCUUCCAUUUUCACUGUAAAAUAAAUACUGUUGACUUGUUAUACGUUUUAUUCCUGUGACUUAGGUAUAGAUAUGUUUCAUAAGGACUUGUGAUUUAAAAUGCAUGUUACAAACCAUUGCCUUAAUGACUGUAAAUACUGCAGAGGACAUAUGUGUAACAGUAAAACCAUGAUUUGUAUAAAGCUCAAA